AUGGUCGGCGAGCGGCCCGUGCGGGUGGCCGUGGUCGGUGCAGGGAGCGCGGGCCUGGCAAUGGCGCAGCAGCUGCUAGAGGUCGGCAGAGAGACAGGCGUACGGCCCGUCGUGUUUGAGCGCGAAAACGUCCUCGGAGGGCUGUGGCAGUACUGUGCCGACCCGGGGCCGUGCACGGUGCAUGUGCCGAGCGACACGCGGCAUGCUACCGCCGGCUUUGCCGACUGGGCCGCGCACCCGCUGCGGCCGUCGAGCGCCAUGUACGACGGGCUGCGCACGAAUAUCCCGUCGGAUAUUAUGGCAUACCGCGACGCACCCUUUCCUGCGCAAAGGUCGCUGUUUCCGGCGCGCAAGGACGUGCUGUCGUACUUGGAAACCUUUGCCAAGGACCACGGCUUGGAAAAGUACGUGCGCUUCCGCUCCGAGGUCGUGCACGUCGCACGAGCCAACGGAGCAUGGCGGGUGACGAGCCGCGGCGCGUCGGGCGAGCGCUGCGAAGAGUACGACGGCGUGGUGUGCGCCCAGGGGCGCUGCACCGUGCCGUACGUCCCUGUUAUCCCGGGCCUCGCGCACUUCAAGGGGCGCCAGGUGCACAGCGCAUGGUACCGCACGCCGACUGUCUUUCGGGGCGAAAGGGUGCUGAUCGUCGGGAACAACUCGUCGGGCGGCGACAUUGCCCGCGAGCUGUGCGGCGGCACAGUACGCACCUUUCCGGGCUAUGAGGCUUGGCAGCGCGCGUGCGAAGACGCGCCGCCGGUCCAGGUCUACCAGUCCUACCAUAAUCCAGACGAGCCGCCGCCGGUGGACUUGGAUCCCCGCGAUCCGGCGUCGCCCGCGUGGUGCCGGCGCAUCCACGUCGUCGGGCCGAUCGCGCGCGUGGACGCCGACGGGUCCGUGGUGCUUGCGGACAAGACCACCUUGCACGUCGACACGAUCGUGUGGGCGACGGGCUUUUUAUACCAGAUCCCUUUUUCGACGCACGGCGCGCCGUUCGACGCCGCGCCGCUCCUCCCGCCGGUCGGCACGCCGGGCGUGCACUGUGCACCCGCGCUGCGCGCCGCGUCGAUCCUCGACAACCUGGACGACUGGCUCCUCUUUUACAAGCACGCGCCAGGCCUGUGCUUCCUCGGGCUCCCGAAUCGCAUCGUGCCCUUUCCUCUGACACAGAUGCAGAGCAGAGUCGUGGCGCACGUCUUGCUGAACAAGAUCCCGCCGCUGCCGCGCGUGCGUGCGGACCUGCCGCUCACAGACGCCGCGCGGUGGGUGCCCCAGGACAAUAGCCAGGCGCCCGGCCCUGAAGUGUGGCGCAACUUUACGUUUGGCGCCGCGUCGGAAAUCGCGUACAACGAUGCACUCCUCGCACUCCUUCCUGCGCCGGAAAGCCGGCAACGGCCCCCCGGCGAAGAAGCGUACCUUGAGCAGGGCGACGGCCGAGGCGGCGGACCGCAUCCGCCCGAGCACUGGUACCAGUUUGGCCAGUGGCGCCGCGACCGCCGCACGAGCGGCAAGGCGCUGCGCCACGAGGAGCUCAAGUACUAG